GUCGCCAUUUUGGUCCUUUUCUUGUUUUCACACGUGGUGACAACCUCGGUCUUAAGCCGCAUUGUCGAUUUUGACUGUUUCAUCAUGAAGAAGCCAAAAGCUCCAAAGCCUUUAAGUAUUUUUGAGAAGGUGCUGGUUACUCGUGAGUAUUCCAUAAACCUUCAUAAAAAGACCUACAAGGUUGGGCUAAAAAAGAAAGCGCCAAGGGCAAUCAAAUCUAUUCGUGAGUUUGCCCAGAAGGUGAUGGGUACAUCCGAUGUGCGCAUCGAUACCCGACUCAACAAGCACAUUUGGCACAGGGGAAUCCGCUCACCUCCGUUUCGCGUGCGCGUUCGUCUAUCAAGGAAGCGCAACGACGAUGACGACACCGAGGAAAAGCUAUACACACUGGUAACGUUGGUCCCUGUUGACUCAUUCAAAGGACUAACUACAACCGUUGUAGAAGGCGCCGAGUAAAUUCGUUACGCCGGAACCUAGCCGAGCAACCAAUAAAUACUUGUCAAGCCUUAAUCGAAUCGGAAA